GUCCCUCACUCACAAAAACAACGCUUUCUACCAAAGAAACACAACGCUACUAUUUAGACUUCGACAUCUGACGGUCAUAAGGCCGUAAAUCGACUGAAUCAUCGCUCUUUCUCUCUGUGUUCUUGUUCUACUACGACGAUUUUUCGUUUCAAUUCUCUUGGUGAUUACCUUGGUUUUUCUUUACAAUCGCUGAUCCAAUUAUUUGUUUUGCAGGAAUUGUUCUUUUGGAUCCCUUUGUUUUGCAGGAAUUUUUCUUUUGGAUCUCUUUGUUUUGCAGGAUCUUUUCUUUUCCUUCGGAUCUCUCGCUUUCUUUAUAUUUUCCCUUUUUGCACUAACGUCAUGGAUGCAGGAUCUUUUACCUCUUGCAACAAGAGCCAAUCUCGAAACCCUCUUCAAGAACAGUUCCUCCAGAGAAGAAGCAACCGGGAAAAUUUGGACAGAUUCAUUCCAAACCGUUCGGCGAUGGAUUUCGACUUCGCUCAUUACAUGUUGACAGAUGGAAGAGUGGAAAAAGAACCUGCUGGAGUGAUCUCUCCUUCAAGAGAAGCUUAUAGGAAACAAUUAAAGGAAAUCUUUAAUAUGAACAGAACUCGGAUCCUUGCGUUCAAGAACAAGCCACCUUCCCCAGUGAAAGGGCUUUUUUCAGAAUCCAUUUCUUCUGUUCAACAAUCGAAACCUGUAAAGCCAAGGAGACAUAUUUCCCAAUCUUCAGAGAGAACAUUAGAUGCUCCUGAACUUGUCGAUGAUUACUACUUGAAUUUGCUUGACUGGGGUAGUGCCAAUGUUCUAGCGAUUGCCCUUGGGAACACUGUCUACUUAUGGGAUGCUUCUGAUGGAUCUACAUCAGAACUUGUGACAAUUGAUGAAGAAAAUGGCCCUGUCACCAGUGUCCGCUGGGCUCCCGAUGGAAAACACAUAGCUGUUGGCUUGAACAAUUCUGAGAUCCAUUUAUGGGAUUCUUCCUCCAAUCGACAGCUGAGAACGUUGCGAGGAGGGCACCAGUCUCGUGUGGGAUCUCUUGAUUGGAACAAUCACAUUCUGACCACUGGAGGAAUGGAUGGUCUUAUCAUAAACAAUGAUGUACGAGUAAGGAAUCACAUUGUUGAAACCUACAGGGGACACCACCAGGAGGUUUGUGGGCUAAAAUGGUCAGCUUCCGGGCAGCAACUGGCAAGUGGAGGUAAUGACAAUCUUCUGCACAUAUGGGACCGGGGAAUGGCCUCUUCGAAUUCUCCAACUCAGUGGCUUUACAGGUUGGAAGACCACACAGCAGCUGUGAAGGCCCUGGCCUGGUGUCCUUUCCAGAGCAAUUUGCUCACCUCUGGCGGGGGUGGAGGAGACCAAUGCAUAAAAUUCUGGAAUACCCAUACUGGUGCAUGCUUGAACUCAGUAAAUACAGGGUCUCAGGUCUGUUCUUUGCUGUGGAGCAAGAAUGAGAGAGAGUUGCUAAGCUCUCAUGGGUUCACUCAAAAUCAGCUGACCCUUUGGAAGUACCCAUCUAUGGUUAAACUCGCUGAGCUCACAGGACAUACUUCGAGAGUUCUGUUCAUGGCACAGAGCCCAGAUGGCUGCACAGUAGCAUCUGCAGCUGCUGAUGAAACGCUUAGGUGUUGGAAUGUGUUUGGAGCUCCUGAAUCUGCAAAGCCUGCCCCCAAAACAAUCAAAGAGCCAUUCUCUAAUAUAAGCCGCAUUAGAUGAAGGAGGUGUUUAAGAUAAAAUUACAAGAAAAACAGAUGGCAGCUUUUUCCCGUUUCAAGUUCAAUUCUUGGUGUAGUUCAGUGGCACAUGGUGAUUGCAUUCUCUGCAAUCAGGAAGAUAUAAUAGAGGAGAGAGAGACUAAUAUUAGAAGUCUGUGUUGUACAUGCACAAAGCACAAAAGGUAUAUAAGAUGGGGACAACAAUAGGGGUUGGCUUAAGGUUAUAAGAGGGAAAUUAUUUGUAAAUAGAGAGGUGAGAGGGUGAAAUCUUAUCCCAACUAAAUGGGGUUGAUUGUUCUUUCUUUUGUUACAUUGUUUUUUCUGCAUUAUGAUAGAUUUCAGUUUGUGUAGAGCUGAUUUAUGCGUUCUCGUAUUGUAACAUUGGGUAAAUAUGCCUUCAUUUCAACCUGA